UCCAAUUACAGAAUUAGGGUAUUAAUACAGUAAUAGUUUAGGGUACCUGCUUGAGCACAUGUCUGUAUGUUGCCAAGGUGAUAUUUUUGUUGAAUAUGGAUUUUGCAAACUGGAUUUAUGAUAUUGAAAAGGAAUCUAGAAAAAUACAAAAAUUAACUGAACAAAAUUCUGAAAUAUUGAGUAGCAUUCAUGACUUGCCCAUUAAAAAAGCUGCUGUAUUGAUAGCGUUAUUUCAAUACAAUGGCAAACCGCAUGUGAUAUUGACAGAAAGAUCACAUCAUUUGCGAACACAUCCAGGAGACGUUGCAUUACCCGGUGGAAAAGUAGAUGAUGAAGAUGAAAAUUAUAUUGAUGCAGCUCUUCGGGAAGCAGAAGAGGAAAUUGGAUUGCAAAGAAAAAAUGUGCAAGUUGUAGGGGCGAUUAUGCCUGUACCUAGCUCCGUAGCUAAAGUAAUUAUCACUCCAGUGGUGGGCUUUGUGAAUAACAUCACAGAUAUAAAGUUGGAAAUAAAUGAACAUGAAGUUAAAAGUAUAUUUGCUGUGCCUUUCGAGUUUUUUUUAUCAGGAGGGCAAACUCAUUAUUUUACGGUAAAAGGCCAAGAACAUAGUUUUUUAAAAUUUUUUUGGAAUUGUCAAAAAUAUGCAGCAGAACUUCCAAGCAGAGACUGUGAAAGUUUAAAAAUGCUAUUCAAUAGUGAAAAAAUUUAUAAAAUAUGGGGAAUAACAGGAAUAAUGCUUAAUGUUUAUUCAUCUUUCAUAUUUAAUAAGCAGGAGAAUUUUUCUAACAGUGGAAAUAUGGUGAAGUUCUUUCGCCGAAUGGUUUCAGAAAUGUUGAAGGAAAACAAAAGUAAAUUGUAGUAGAGGGUUUCAUAAUUUUAAUAUAUGUAACUUGAGAUGAAUAUGUUAGAUUUUUGUUUCAUUUAUAGUCUAUAAUAUAUAGUAAGUUAUAAAUUAUUUCAAGAAUGAUACGUUUUUACAGGAUUUUAAAGAUUAGAUUUUUUUAUAAGCUGGUAGAUUAUGCCAAUUGGAAUGCUGUAUUGCAGCAGAUGGUUUAUUUAAUGAUUGGGAAAUGCAACAAGCUAUUUUUUAUUCUUAAUUUAUUGAUUGUUCUUAAUUCUUCAAUUUUUCGUAUUGAUUAUGUAUUUUGUUUCAAUGAUAUGCACAAUCAUGCUCAUCACUGUCAUUUUCCUGAUUUUUUCUUAAGUUUCAAAGUCAGAAUAAAUAUUUUCUCUUUUCCGUACCAGCUGACUAGCCAAAAUUCAAAAUCAAUAAAAUAAUCUUUAUGUGUUAAAUGUUAAAAUCAAUACAGGCCCAGAUGCAGUGAGCUUGUAUUUUUUAAUAUCUUUCCAGAAGUACAGAGUGUAGCUUCGAAUUGAUAAGAAUAAUCUGUGUCGUUUUAUAUGCAAUUUGUGUAUUUGAUGCCAAGUUUGUUCUUCACCGAUUUUAAUUCCUCAUUUUUACAGAAAA